CCACAGACAGUCGUUUAAUUUCAGUCGUGUUUUUAGUUUCAGAUACUUUGCAACGUGAUGUGACGGCGUGACAUGGUCGAUAGCGGAUGAUUCGCGAAUCAAAGUUAUAAAAGUUAAUCGAAACUGAUUUAAAACAGAAAAAAAUAGAAAGAAACAAAAACAUACUGUGCAAAGGAAUUUUUUUUGCCCUAAAAAGAAAUUAACCUCAUUUCAUUCAAAAGUGAAGUUGAAAAAUUUUUUUGUAAAACGAAUUGAAAAUAUUAUGUGUGAAAAAGUGCAUUCCAGACGACAGUGUGUUUGCUAACUUGGCCCAAAUCAAUUGCAAGUGUAUGGCAGUGCAACAAAAUUCUUUACGAAAUAAUAAAACGCGUGAGUUUUCGAUUUGUUCUCAGUCGCCGCGGACGCCGACGUGCGUUUGACGUCGUAUCUUGUUGUUUAAUAAAACAAAAUCAAAUAAGAAAAAGAAGCAACCAACUAAAAGCAGAAACCGUAAAAAAACGAAACGAGUCAUCAUCAUUAUAAAAUUUUAAGUUGUUUUUGUGUUUAAUUUUUCAUAACAGAAGUUGAAGAGAAAGAAACAAAUCAGACAACUAAACUUCAGCAGAAAAAAGGUAAUAUCCAAAUGAAUAUGCUAAUAAUUUAAUUGGAAAGAUUAUUGUCUAUCAAUGUAUGUAUAUGUGUGUGUGUCCACGUUUAAAAUUUACCUGACCAAUACAACUGAAUGCUGAAUGAUCUGCAUUGGCGGCAAUCAUAGAGAACAAAGCAACACCAGAUAACAAAAAAGAACAACGCACUCACAUAUUUUUUGUUUGGAGGAACGAGUCUGGGAGCAACCAUUCCAUAAAAAUAUGUUCACAGUAAUAGAAACCCGAGAACUGCAAUAUUAACAUGGAGUUUGAGGGCACUUAAUAAACAACAAUAAACAUUUGGGAGAAAAACAAAGAUCCACACGAAGUUAUCCAAAACUCAGUAAUAGCCCAAAAUAACUUGCACAUCACGAUUCUGAGAUACACAGAAAGAGAAGGGGACCGAGUGAGGGGGCAUAAUGUUACUGCGACAUACGGCAAAUGACUACAACAACGAAGAAGAAGCAAACGAAGGGAAAUUUAGAAAAAUAUUAAAUAGGGGAAACGGAAGUUACGACGACAGCCAUCACCAACGCUGCCAACCCCACCACCACCACCAGCAACACCAACUACAGCAUCAUCAUUAUCCACAGUGGCAACAACAAAAUCAAGUGCAACGACAGCAACAUCAGCGAUAGCACCAAUGUGAAUUAGACGGAAACAAGCGAAGAAGAAGGAAGAGAACGAACAGCAAAAAAAACACCAAGCCAACCGGGCAGUAACAACAACUACAACAAUAAUAUUUCCUGUCUAGUUGUUUGUUUUUUAAUAUUUAAACGAUUCGCGAAAGAGAAAACAAAAAUAAUAAGAAAAUAAAAUAAACAGUAAUUUUUACAAAUGAACAUAAACAACAGCAACAAAAAGAAUAACAGCAACAACAAAAACAACAAUAAUAAAAAUAACAUCAACAAUAAAUUUUUAUAGAAAAAAAACAAGGACUGAACGAACAACUAACAACUACAACAGCAAUAUUACUUCUUCUCCAUUGCGUUCUUGUCAUUAUCAUCAUCAGCAUUUGCUUUCACCCCACCCUCCGCACAAGAACUACAAAUGUAAAAAUUAGCCAAAUUUUAUGUUAAAAGUGUAGAUCCAUAACGCCUUCUGUCACCUCCUACUCCUCCUUGUCCUCAUCGUCCUCGAAAAAGUGCAUGCCCCAGCAUUUACAGUUUCGCAGCGAAGCAGCAGAAGGAGAAGAACAAGUAACAUAACCACAAGGACAUUAGCAAGCAACAGCAUUUAACAUAACGACACAGGACGACACAGAAGGGAGUCAUCAUCGUCAUCACCAUCAGCCAGCCAGUGAGCCAGGAAAAUCAUUUGCGUGAAUGAAACGUUUUCAUUUUUUUCUCUCCAGUUUUCUUCUUCCUUGGUAAUUUCGUCCACCAAACAUUCAUUGCUCCUCGCAAAAAUUUUGUGUGAAUGUGUAUUGCUGUCGUUCCGACAAACUGGACAAGAGGCAACAUUGCUCGACAUGAUGUUAUUUGCUGUCUGCCAGCAUUGGUAAAUACAUUAAACGAGCUAAAGAGGAAGCGAGCAUAAAAAACAAAACACGCAGACACCAAAACACAACACCAAGGGAACAUUGCAGAACACGCAUUAACAUCUCCCCCGCCGCCCCAAGCAACCAGCUAACGAUAAUAACAGCAGGGAUUACUAAGACCUUCAUUUUUAAAUCCUUAAGAUUAAACCACAACAGCAACAACAACGAACUACGUUUUACUAACCAGGCAAACAAGCUGCCAGUCAGCCAGCCAGCCAACCAGUCAUCCAACAUCAACAGAGUCAAGUCUGACUAUAUUCAUAGGGGUACUCCUUGUCUCUCACUCUCUCUCUCUCUCUGUCUGUCUGUGUGGCUACCGCAGACACAUCCCCAACCAACCAACCAAGAACACCAUCAUCAGUAACAGCAAUAACAGCAACAAGAACAACAUCAUCAUUUAACUGUAAACAAUUACUCAAUUGGAUUUGUAUAGCUCUCAGAAGAGUCAGCAGAGUGCGUGUUAAACUCCCAAGAACACACACACACACGCACACACCCUACCAGGCAACCAAUACCCAUUUAGGUUGUCACCCAACUGUGGAUUCAUUGCAGCAAUUUGUUGCAACUCUAUUAUCAUACUCGGCAACAAAGUAAAAAAAAACGAAAACAACAACUACAACAGCGCGCAGGAGAAAAACCGGCGUCAUCAUUUCACCAUCACUCGGCGGUGGCAGCAACGGGAAUUGGAUUCAUUUUGAAAAUCCACCCACCAACAACAUACCACCCAGCAUCUCCAUAAAGGGCAAAUCAAUUUGUGCAUGUGCAUGAGUUCGAAGCCCCCGGGAAGGAUCAGCACAACGUGCGUGUUUGACUGGGUGCGUGGGUGCUAUAGUGGUGCCGGUAUUGCUGCUCCAGCCGUUGUCGUCGGUGACGUCGCCAUCGUCGUCCCCGCCGUCCUCGUCAUUGGGACCUAAAUGAAUUUAUUCUGUUGCUGCUGCUGUAACAUGGCACCAAACACACGCGUCACACGCAAAUGGGAACUAUUUGCCGGACGUAAUAAAUUUUAUUGUGAUGGUUUGUUAAUGUCAGCUCCUCAUACGGGCGUAUUUUAUUUAACGUGCAUCCUGAUAACGGGGACAAGUGCAUUAUUUUUUGCCUUCGACUGCCCCUUUUUGGCCACACGUAUUAAUCCCAUUAUACCCAUUGUUGGUGCUAUUUUGUACUUUUUUACUAUGAGUUCCUUGCUACGAACGACCUUCACAGAUCCCGGUGUUAUACCGCGUGCCUCAUAUGAUGAGGCUGCCUAUAUAGAAAAACAAAUUGAAGUGCCAAAUUCCUUAAAUAGUCCCACAUAUCGACCGCCACCACGUACAAAAGAAGUCCUUGUCAAAGGACAAACGGUAAAGCUGAAAUACUGUUUUACCUGCAAGAUCUUCCGACCGCCCCGUGCUUCACAUUGCAGUUUAUGUGAUAAUUGUGUUGAUCGUUUCGAUCACCAUUGUCCAUGGGUUGGCAAUUGUGUGGGUAAACGUAAUUAUCGCUUCUUUUAUCUGUUUCUAGUCUCGUUGGCUUUUUUAGCCGUGUUCAUAUUUUCAUGCUCUGUGACGCAUUUAGUAUUAUUAAUGAAAACUGAACAGGAAGUAUUCGAAGUCAUCAAAAAGGCACCAUUCACCGUAAUUGUGGUUUUUAUCUGCUUCUUUUCCAUUUGGUCUGUGAUCGGUUUGGCGGGAUUUCAUACCUAUUUAACCACCAGUGAUCAAACAACAAACGAAGAUCUCAAAGGCUCAUUUUCUUCCAAAGGCGGCCAACGCAAUUUAAAUCCAUAUUCCAGAGGGAAUAUUUGUUUAAAUUGUUGUCAUAUAUUAUGCGGUCCCAUGACACCUUCGUUAAUAGAUAGACGUGGCAUCGCUACCGAUGAGUACAUUUUACAAAUGCAACAACAUUCAAGUCCUCGCCACCCGCUCAGCGAUGUGAUAAGUGCCACCCAUGUGAGCAGUGGUGCCAUGAUCACGUCACAGCCAAUGAUUGGCGGUGCCGGUGGUGGCAUUAGUAUAGGUGGUGGCGAUCUCAAGUCAAGAUACUAUGACGAGUCCAAUACCUCAUCAUCAGCCAUGGAAGCUGGGAGUGCUGCCACCGCUGGCGGCGUUUAUAGGCCGCGCAGCUAUGACAAUUUACAAAACGGUAAUUCCAAUAGUUUAGCUCAUUUGGUUGAUAAUGAAAUACCAUUAUCACAAAUGGACGUUCCGGCGGCACCCCAUCAUCAUUCACAAACACAUUUGCAGCAGUCGAGACGGUUUCGUCAUCACAAACAACAACGAAAUCAUUUGGAUUCAUCUGGUGAUGAAUUGGAUGAUCUGGAAUUGGGUAAUGCCAACGGUUUGAUGCCAGGCAGCAACGAGAAUUUGGAUGACGAUGAUGUUGUGGUGGUGGGCACAACAGAGGUUGUGGCGGCGGUCUCAGCCAUAGCUGCCACCAAUAAGGCAAGAGAACGUCACAAUCUCUCAGAUAGUUAUAAUAAUUUAUUUAAUGGUGAUUUCGAGAGCCCCCUAUCGAAUGAAGCCACUCCCGCCAAUUCACCGCUCAGUGAAAUGCCAAAUUUAACAUCGGCAGGCAGUGGUGCCAAUCUAUUGGCUGCUGCAAUUAUGGGUGUUGCCACAACGCAUAGCGGUAAUGGUACAUUGCCCAAAUCGAUUUCCCAGUCGGAAAACAUGUACAGCAAUAUACCACCAGUGGCGGUGGCCAAUGGCAAAGGAGAAACGCCGCAGGAUAACAAUAUCCAUGUAUAUUCCAAUCUAAUUGAUGAACACCAACAUCAACACAAUAACAACAAAAUCAAUACACCAUCUGCUAUGCCGCCUACCCCAACAUCACAUGGCGCCCACAAUCCCUUGGAUUUAUCCUCUACCCUAAUGUGUGAUGAUCUGGACUUGGAUGAUCCCGUUUCGAUAAUGAUCCAACAUCCGCCAAAAAGUAUGGGUGAAAAACGUAAUUUUAACUUUAGCACCAAUGUACCAGAUGUUCUCAGCUCAACAACAGCCACAAGUACACCCAAAUCCUUGAUUGCCUCUUCAUCGGCCACAGAUAAUGUUAAAUUGCAGAAAAUGUCUGCCAAUGAGCUGAGUUCGAGUCGCCUGCGCAUGUUACAUGAUACGACCAUGAUUGAUACUGCUUUGGAUUUGGAUAGUUUGGAUGAUGCCAGUUUGGCCAAUACCUCUCAAUCGUGUCUGGUGAAGACCCAACAAAAUUCACCCUCACCACCGGCGGCAUCAGCCAGCAAUAUGGGUUUUAAGGUGUAGAACAAAGUGUAGGUCCAAUAUUAAAGUAGGGGGGUAUAAUCCUAAGGAAGGUAUAUCAGGGGAGUAAAACGCAAACAAUUCCUUAAUUAUUUCCUUUCCUUCUUUGUGAUGAUGAGGCAAAUGUGACCACCGCUGUAUUUUUGGUAAAUGACAGAAUUAAACAAAUGUAAUAAGUAAAGUAAAUCCUAUAUACACGCAUACACACACACAUUUAUAAAUCUAUGUAGAUAAUAGAUAAAUAGUGCUUUUUUGUACAACUGCAACAACAAUAAGUAUAGCAUCAGGAAUUUGUCAUAUGUAUUUGUAUAGCUAUUCUAUAUUUUAUUAAUUUAAUUAAUCUUUUUUUUUAAGUUUGUCAUUAGUUAUCUUUUUAUUUUAAUUCCGUUUGCAUGUAAUAUAUAUUUAAUAAUGGAACACCUUACUUUUUUGUUUUAAAUUUUUAUACGAAAUUUAAAAAGAUAUGUUUGUAUUUUAAUACUUUUUUGUUUUAAAGGUUUAAAAUCAGUGAAAGUAAUGUUAUUAGAGAUAAACAGGCCGAUAGGAUUGCUAGUUGUAUUUUGAGAAAAUUGAGCUGAAAUUUAAAAUAUUGAGGAUAAAAAUCAUCGAGGCUGUUCAAGUCAAAAUAAAGCACAAUUGAAAUAGUAAAAAUGAGGUUCACGGAAAUGUCAUUAUUUAAAGUCAACUGUUAGACAUUGUUGUUACAAAAAUUCCCAUAUUUACAAAUUACCUUAUUAUUGUUGAUCUUGUUCAAAACACUUAAAAAUGUUAUACUUUAAACAAGGAUUUGUACAAAAGACUCUUUUUAGAGUCCAAUUAAAAUUAUGUUGAAAUUUUCAGCGACGGUUCAUAUGAAAUUUUUUGGCUUCAAUUCUUAAAUUUUACAACGGAAACUUUAUGAGAAUUAUUUUUUUUCAUUUAAACAAUUCUUAUUUUAAACAAUGUUUCCUUCGUUUUGAGCUUUAAUUACGAUAUAUAUUGAUGAAAGCAACAACAAAUCAACAACAAAACCAAUGUUAAUAAAUAUUUUUUCCUCCUCAGUAAAUAUUUUUUCUCCAAUUUAGAAAUAUUACCCAAAUUUUUACUAAAGUUAAAAAUUAUUAAAAAUAAUAUGUAAUAUUGAUGAAGGUUUACAUUUUUAAAAUCAGCAGUUUAGAUAUGGAUGUAUUUGAAAGGACUUAUUUCUGUAGAACAAGGUCCUCUGUCUAAGAAAAACGCAUUUGAAAGUUUUUCUGUUUAUAGAAAACCCACAAAAAUUCGUCCGUCUUUAAGAGAACUUUUAAUGGUUUUCUGUCCAUAGAAAGGCCUCAAAAUGCUUCCUCUAGGAGAUCUUUCAAAGAUAUUUUAUAUACAUUAAAUUAAUGUCUACAGUGAACAGCCCAUAAAAAGACCACAGACCAUUUAAAACUUUUUAUAGAAGUGAAACUUUUUAAAAGACUUCCGUAAUCAGAAGUUCCUUGGAAAGUUUAUAGACAUUCCUUCUAGAGGCUGUUCGGUCUAUAGCAUAUAUUUAAAAGGUGUUCUGUUUAAAGAAGUUUUUAAAAAACACCAUUGCUUAAAAAACCUUUAAAAUCUCUUCAUUUUGUAGACUUUUGUUUAUAUUAACCUUCUCCUUGUAGAAGGCUAUGUAAAGGAAUUCUUACAGUGACAGACCUUUAGAUUGUUUUUUGUCUAUAAAUGGUUUUUAGAUGAUUUUCUUUAGUUUAAAGGCCUUUACAAGACAUUUUAUAAGGCUCUAGAAUGAGACAUUUAGUAAAUAUUCUGUCUAUGGAAGACCUAAAUAUAAUCGGCCUUCGAAAGCCACUAAAAUUUAAAACUAAAGAAUAUGGUUUCUCAUCCCUACACUUUUCUUCCGUCUUUAAGAGAACUUCUAAUGAUUUUCUGUCCAUAGUAAGGCUUCAAAACGCUUCCUAUAGGAGAUCUUUCAAAGAUAUUCUAUAUACAGUAGCAUUAUGUUUACUGUGAACAGUCCACAAAAAGACAGACUUUACAGGACUUUUUGUAUGACUCUAGGAAGAGACAUUUAGUUAAUCUUCUGUAUAUGAAAGACCUAAGUAUAGUGGACUUUUGUCCAUAGAAAGGCAGGCAAUAUUCGAAAGCCACUAAAAUUUAAUUGUUUUAAUCUAAUUAUUUAAUUUAACUAAAGAAUAUAGUUUAUCAUCCCCACACAUUGUCUACUUGCUUUGGAGCACUCAGUAUUUUACUAGAGUUGCUUUAACAAUUUUUUUUUUCAAUUUUCCCAUUGUUUUGGGCUUUAGUUACGAUAGAAAUUGAUGAUGUACCUAAAUUGACAAAUCAACAUCUUCAUUUCGUCCUUAUAUUUGAAGUUAGUGCCCUUGAAAGACUGACUAUUUCUGUGUAUGCCUAGAAUUAUGACCCAGUAAAAUUGUGCAUCACAACGAUGUGAAUUUCUCCUAAAAUGUAUUUAGAAAUUUUUAAUAUUUUAUCAAAAUUCGAAAAGGCAUCAUCUAAAGACAUUUUAUAGACAGAAAACAAUCUAAAGACCUUUCUUGUCAUGUAUGUCUCUGGGAUGAGGCAUUUAGUACAUCUUCUGUCUAUGUGGGCUCUUAGAAAGGUUUUGUUGUCCAUAGAAACGUAGCCGAUUUUCGAGAGCUACUAAAAUUGAAAACUAGAAAAUAUAUUUUCCUAUCCCCACGCUUGGUCAUAAAUUGCCAAAUCUAGAUAUUCCUUUCGUCCUUAUAAUUGGACUUAGUGCCCUUGAACAAUUGACUAUUUCAGUGAGUGCCUAGAAUUGUGAGCCCAGUAAAAUUGUGCAUCACAAUGAUGUGAUUUUUUCCUAAAACGUAUUUACAAAUGUUUACUUUUUUAUCAAAAUUCGUAAACGCAGUAGUAUAUGUAGAACAUUUCUUGAAAAUCUCCUUUCACUGUUUUGAAUCCAAUACAAAUUUCUCAAUUAGCCUUUUUUGUUUUUUUUUUUUUUUUCAAGAAGUUAAUUGCGAAACAUGAUGAAAGGGGUUCAUUUAAAAACAAUACAUUAACAAUUUAAAGAAUCCUUCCACUCCCUAAAAGUACAUAAUUUUUAAAAAAUGGUAUUCCUUGCAAUUUUUAGAGCCCAGUAAAAAUUUGUCCGUAGUUUAUCAUAUUAGGCUUAUACCUUUCUCAAAUAUUGCCUCUUUUAAUUGUCCACUGCAAACCUUGAAAAAAAAAAAAAAACAACCCCAGAUAAAAUUAGUAUCAUGUCAAAUAUUAGAAUAAAAUUAUGUAUUAAAUAAAUCCAGCACCUCCAGUUUUUUUUAUUAAAGUUAAGAUUUAUAAAUAAUGCACCUAUUUCUGUAUGACGAUACGAAAGUGAAUGCGAACGAAAAAACCAACAUUCCAAAUAAGUUUUUAAUAGCCAAAAUUUUAGAAACAUAUUUGGAAUUGUGUUUUUCGUUCGCCUUUGUCAUACACAAACCAGGGUCUCAAUUCUAGUUCUAUGAAAAUGUGAAAUGAAAACUUUUAUAAAGGAAAGAAAUGUCAAAUGAAAAAUUUUAUAAAGGAAAUAUUUUUCAUUUCAUAUUUUCAUAGAACAAGAAUUCAGUCCCAGGCCCAAUAAGUUUUCAAAAAAGUACCCUAUGAAAUUAUGUAAAACAAAAACACCAAAUUUAAAAUUUUAGCAAUAUUUACCCACAAUUUUUAUCCAAUUGAGAUUUUAACAAAUUAGAAUGCUUUAAAAAUCCAAAAGUUUUUUAAAAUUAUAUUAACAUUAUGGUUUUGUUUUUUUAUUAUUAUAAUACUAAAGACGUUAAUAGAUUAUAAAAUAAAAAAAAAUUGUUAAAUAUUUUCCAAAAAAUCAUGCAACAUGGAAAAUUAAUAACACACAUUUUAAAUGUAAAAGGAAACAUGUAACUAACACCUUGUGCUGCAAGAUAAAAAUCUGUACUUCUAAAGUGUAACCCGAUGAUGAUUUGAUUCUAUGUUUUAUACCCAAUUAGAUUGUGAGGUUAUGGAAUAAGUUUUUUAAUUCUAUUACAUUAUGAUUAUAUAAUAUCCAUCUAUGACAUAUAUAAUUAUAUAAUAUUCAAUUUCUGUCGGUUGUAUGUUACAACUGAUUCUAAAACUUGAAGGAUUUAACUUUUCUCCUAGACGUGACGAAAAAGUAAUUAUUUAAAAUUAUAUUUUAUACCCUACACCACGAGAUACUUCCUCCAUAGUUCAUUUUGAUCACCAGCAUGGAAUCACAUUUUGAGUCGAUUUAUGCAUGUGCGUCCGUCUGUCUAUCCAUGUAUUCUUGUAAACAAAGUACAGGUCGCAUUGUCCGAGCCAGUUGAAAUUUUGCACAAGUCAUUUAUUUGACCCAAGGACGAACCCUAUUGAAAUUGAAGAUAAUCUGCCAAAAUUUAGAUAUAGCUCCCACAUAUCUCUUCGUCCGAUUUGCUUUUUAUUGUGCACCAAACGUGUAAUAUCAGCCCAAAUAGUAUGAAAUUUUACACACACGACCAGAUUCGGCCGGAAAAAAAGAAGUAUGCCAAAUUUGAUCUAAAUCGGUUCUGAUAUAGCUAUAGCGACUUGUUAUUUUUGUCCUCCGCAGCCCUAAUAUGCACUCUGUAAAAACGAGAUUUGGGGAAAAAUAUCUAAUAUAAUUUAGAAAUACAUUUGCUAAAUUUAAUCGAGAUCGGUUUUUGGGGAAAUAUAUCAAACAGCACAAGAAUAUAAUUCCCAAAUUUUAUCGAGAUUGGUUCAGAUUUGGAUAUAGCCCCCAUAGAGGAUAUUCCCCUCAUAUAGUAGUUCCUUUGGACCCGUCCAAAUUCAAGACUUUCUUUAUUGUUUUUUUUUUUUUUUGUGUAAUUAAUAUGCCUUUUGAGAAGCAAACUAGAAAAUAACAAAAAAAUCAAAAUUAUUUAUUAUAAAAAUUUACCGUAGGUCCUCCAGAACACGUCAAGAGUCUAAAAAUUAAAUUCACAUUAAAGGGUUAAAUCUUUAUCUAAGUUUAUGCAAAAAUCUCCAACAAAGUAUUAUUUUAGAGGGGUGAUGGGAAAGACAAAAAUAUUAUUUACCCAAUUUUACUAUAAGUCACCGAAGAAAAGAAAUAUAUAUUUCCAUUCCUUAUCAGAAAUAUAGCUGCUCAAUGUUCCCACAAAGAAAAAUCCGAAAUUUUUCCCAAAUUUUUAAUCAGUUUUUCCUCUGCUUUUUUUGAGUUGACCACGAUUAAAAUAAUUAAAAUGUAAAAUAAAAUUAAAAGUUUCUAUGUACAUUCUAUACAAAGUUCCAAAACACCAAUUUAAUUAAAGCUGUUAAUUUUUUUCCUAUUGACUGAUAUAAUCCACAUCGAGACAAACACAUUUUCGGCCGAAAUAUCUAAAUUAUGUUACCUUAGAAGUACACCAUGACUUAUAUCUUCUAUAAUUGCUGCAGCACUGUGUUAGUCUACCUAAAUGGGAAAUGACUUGUUACAAUAAUAAAUUGUUAAAACAAACAAAAUAACAAAAUAAUUUUAUUUUUAGUUAGACAUAAUGACCAUAUGCUCUUAAACAAAAUGUUAACAAUAAAAGCGAAAAUAAAAUUAUUAUUAUUACUAUAAAUAAUUGAGUACGAAUUAUAAGAAGUCAUAUUUGUAUAUUUUGUAUUAAAAACGGUAAACUCUGCAAGCGGAAAUUAUAAAUAAAAGAAACGAAAUUAUUAAAUUAAUUAGCAAACAUUAAGGGACAUUUUAUAAGUUUUUAUUUUUCAUUUAUUCUAUAUAAGUUGUUGAUAAGCAAACAAAACAAAACAAAAACUGAAACAAUAAAUAAAAUACAAAGUAUAACAAGCAGAACAUAAAAGUAUUAAGUUUUUUAGUUAUUCAUUUUUAUACGGAAUGAAUAUUGUGUUUUUAAUAUUGACAAGCAAAUGACAUAGAACAAAACAUAACAAACAAAUUAAACAUAUGCAAUUAAAAAUCACCAGGAA